AUGAUGGUGUGGUGGAUCCCGACCCUUGCCGGCGGGAGGGCUCAGUUUUUAGAUGUCCCUUCGAGUUUAGUUAAGAUUUUUUUGAACGACAUAGCAGCUACAUGCAAGUCAAAUGACAAAGUGUUUGCCAUAUCAACUAUAUCCUCAAAAGAUAUAUUAAGCAUUCAUGUUGUUUUGAAUGAUAAUGACGAAUCUCUUGUUGAGGGAUUAAAGGAUAUUGGGAUGGAGAUUAUAGAAAGAUGUGAUGGUUUGCCACUUGCAGUUAAGGUGGUUGGAGGACUUUUGCUAAGCAAGGGAAAAACAAGAGGUGAUUGGCUUGAUGUUUGUAGUAAUGUUGCAUGGUCAAUGACUACAAUUAGCGAUGAUGUCAACCAAGCAGUGUAUGUGAGCUAUGAGGAAUUACCACAUGUUUUGAAGCAAUGUCUUUUAUAUUGUUCACUCUUUCCUAAGGGUGUAUUGAUCAAGAGUGCGGAUAUAGUCAAUAUGUGGAUUGCUGAAGGUUUCAUACAUAUCACAAGUAUGAAACAGCCAGAAGAUCUGGGAGCGGAGUACUACAAACAAUUAGUCUCACGGAAUCUUCUAGACCCGGAUUAUCGUUUUUAUGAUCAAAAAGCAUGCACCAUGCAUGAUGUUAUCCGCUCAUUUAGUCAGUCUGUAGUGAAACAUGAAGGUUUGUUUGUUGAGGAGGGGCUUAAUCCAAGUUUUACUUCAGGUACAAGCAUAUCUGAGAUCCCACAAGGAAUAGGUGAUCUGAUGUUUAUGCAGUUCAUCGAACUUGCAGAUUGUGUAAAAAUUUCUCAUGUUCCAGAUAGCAUCUUGAAGCUGCGAAAGCUAAGGUAUAUCAACUUUGCUGGCACCAACAUAGCAUCAAUUCCCCGUGGAUUUGGGAAGCUGGAAGAUUUGGUCAUGAUAUCUGGGUUUCCAACUCAUUCAGAUGAUAAUACAGAUCAAGUAUGGUCCAGUCUGGAAGAACUAGGGCCUUUGUCGAGACUCACAAUGCUUGCCAUAGAAAGUUUGGAGAAGGCAUCUUCUGGUUUUGUGGCCGCUAGAGCAAAACUUAGUAGUAAAGCCCACCUAAGAAUUUUGAACCUGGGAUUUACUAUUAGGCUAGCACAGAAUAGGGAGGUGGAAGAGCAAAACAAUGGGGAGCAAGAGAGAGUCGAGGAGGUUUUGGGUAAUCUCUGUCCUCCAACCUGCAUAGAACAGCUUGCCAUCAUUGGAUACUUUGGACACAAACUUCCCCAGUGGAUGAGAAUGGUGUCAGUCUUUACCUUCUUAAAGCGGCUUGAGCUAUCAAGUUACGCUUGCUAUGAGCUGCCUUCCGGCUUAGGCCAACUCCCCUCUCUUGACUAUUUUUGGGUUGACCAAGCUCCAUUCAUCCAAUAUAUCGGUCAUGGUCUUCACAUGCCCUCAAUUGGUGGUCGGGGCAUCGGCCUAGAUAAGAUGCUUUCUGGUGGUGGUGUUGUUGUUGCAUUUCCCAAGCUGAGGAAACUUGGGUUUCAGGGGAUGUUGGGACUGACAGAGUGGGAAUGGGAGCAGCAAGUCCCAGCUAUGACAACUUUAGAGGUGCUUACAAUUGUCAAUUGUCAGCUCAAGUAUCUCCCUCCUGGACUUGCACAUCAUGCAAAUGCACUGCGGGAGUUGGAUCUAAGAAACCUCUCGCACCUGCUCUCCAUACACAACUUCCCUUCACUCGUUGAGCUUCGCAUAGUUGACAACCGAACACUAGAGAGAAUCAACAACAAUCCAAAUUUGCAGCACAUUUACAUUGUUAGCUGCCCAGGGCUAAAGGUAUUGGAAGAUUUGCCAUCACUCAAGAGCAUCGAAUGGGUGGAUGUGACUGCUCAAGUGCUCCCAGAUUACUUCCGGCACUCAAAGUUAGAUAAGUUGAUUGUACAAUGCUACAUAAGCUUGCUCAAACUGAUAUCCUUACAAGAUGCCAACUCUUCGGGAUCCGAGUGGGGAAAGAUCCAGCAUGUUCAGCAACUAAGAGCAACUGGGUACAUAUCAGCGGAAGAAACACGAUAUAUCUCCUACACCAAGGAGCCCUACUCCUACAAAACAGACAUUGUGGCCGGUGGCUGUGUCCACGUGGAGGCCUGGAGGGUGAUCUUUCUUCAGGCGAUAGCAGACACGACCAGGAAGGGUCUCUGCAUGGUUUGUUCCCCGUACAACAGGGUGGACGACGCGAGGUUGUGA